CGCUGAAGCCUGCGAGCACAAAGCGGAGCGGCGAGCGGCAGACGACACGGAGCGGAGCAGCGAGCAGGAUGAACUGAAACCACCUCCGUCUGGGGCGAUGUUCAGAUUUGUUUGCCAUGGAAACGGAUAUGAUACCAAAAUUCUCCUCAAAAGAUGAGGAAAUUGACUUUUGGAAGACUCUUUCCCUGAAGUACAAGAAAAGCUGCCAGGAGGCUCAGGAGGAGCUGCAGGAGUUCCAGGAGGGGAGCAGGGAGCUGGAGGCUGAGCUGGAGGCACAGCUGGGCCAGGCCGAGCAUCGUAUGAGGGACCUGCAGUCCGAGAACCAAAGACUGAAGAAUGAGGUGGAAUUACUCAAGGAGAAGCUGGAGCAGCAGUACGCUCAGAGCUACAAGCAGAUCUCCAUGCUGGAGGACGACUUAGGCCAAACACGCAGCAUCAAGGAGCAACUCCACAAAUACGUCCGAGAGCUGGAGCAGUCCAACGAUGACUUGGAGAGAGCCAAAAGAGCGACUAUUGUGUCUCUGGAGAACUUCGAGCAGCGUCUGAACCAGGCCAUAGAGAGGAACGCGUUCCUGGAGAGCGAGCUGGAUGAGAAGGAGUCGCUCCUCGUCUCCGUGCAGAGAUUAAAGGACGAGGCCAGAGACUUGCGGCAGGAGCUUGCUGUGCGAGAGAGGCAGGCCGAUGUAACCAGGAUGUCCGCUCCAAGCUCACCCACGCAGGACAAUGUGAAAAUGGAUACGGCUGUGCAGGCCUCGCUCUCCCUGCCUGCCACCCCACUGGGGAAAGGUCUGGACAAUGCCUUCGCCAACUCAACAGUGCUGUCUAAUGGCUGUGGCAGCAACUCGCCGCUGACUCCCUCUGCCAGAAUAUCAGCUCUCAACAUUGUCAGUGAUCUACUCCGGAAAGUAGGGGCCCUGGAGUCUAAGCUCGCCGCUUGCAGGAACUUUGCCAAGGACCAGAAGGCGAGGAAGGCGUACGCCAUCGACAACGGGAACGUGAUCAACGGCAACACGGCCAACUUCAACCAGUCGCUCCACACGUCAUAUUUUGACAAAGCGAGAGAGAUGGUCAUAUUCCCCUCAUUGAUUCUGGCAGGGCAGUGAACGGACUGGAACCUGGCAGCCUGACAGCCAUCACCGCCCCUCCCACUGCCUCCACCGCAGGCUUGGUGCCCCUCGCUGUGUGACAGUGACCCCGACACCCAACUCGCACACACUCACACACACCUCCCCCCCUCCUGUAAUGGAAAACUACAGGUCGAAGAAGAGAAAGCACAGUGUGGACACCCGAGCCGCGGACAAAGAGAGAAAACACAAAUGGCUAAUACUGUAAAACACUGUCGAUGUGCUGUCGCGUGGGACCCUCUCGUCUGUCUCCUCACCUUCAGUCCGUCUCUCUGUGUGUUGUUCCGACUCCUUACUUGUGCUUUGGUCCUGCUGUGAUUAUGGGUCCCUGUCUGUAUAUUUUAUAUAUGUGCUAAAUUUUCUCUUGUGUACUGGCUUGUACAGAGACGGUCGCUCCUCUUACUUCUUCACACAUUUUAAAAUUUGUCGAGGAUCUUCCCUGAUGUGUCAAAUAGUUCAAUGUGCGCCACUUUGUCUAGACAGAGAAACGUUAUGCAACUAUAAUUCGUUCUUGGCUGGACUUUUUUUUUUUUUUUUUUUUUGACAAGAACACAGUUUAAUAUGAAUAUGUCACAGUUUUUUAUUUAAAUGGAUUUUUUUUCACUUAAGUAGCCAUGUCUUUUCAUUUUAAAGUGCAGCGUUUAAGUGCUCUCACAUCCAUUACUGAACCACAUUUUAAAAUAGAAAAAAAAAGCAGGUUUAAUGGGUUGGCACAUGUGCAGAUGGCCAGGAAUAACUGUGUGCCUGGUUUUUAAAAUGCUCAACACUAAUCUCAGUGGCCCACAUUAUUUUCAAGUCGUAACUCUGGUGAAAGAAUCUAAUGAUUUUUUGUCUCAUGUGUUUCAUUUCUGUUUGGUUUCAGAGCUGUCUGAAAAAGGAAGGGACAUCUGUGUGUCUAACAGGCCAUCCAUCCUCUGAACUGUGUCACAUGAUGUGUACAAUACUGGUCAUAUUGAUCAUUAUUUAUAGACAGACAGUUAUGCGGUGCUGUCAUGGCGUUCAGACUAGUUAGCCAGUAUUCUUUUAUUUUGUAGUAAAAAUUAUCCUGGCAUUUUAUCUGGCUUUUUUUCUUAAAUUGUUUUUGAAGAUAUCACAGAUCCUGUGUUCAGUACUGUACACUACAAGCAACUGAAGCACUUUGACCUUGUGCAAUCUUUAUAGUUUCACUUUUUUCUUUUUCCUUCAAGUGCAAUAUUGCCUGUUUGUCAUUGUACAUAGAUUUGCAGAUUUAUUUCACAUUGCUUUUAUGGCAUGUUUUAAUAAAAGAUGUAAUUAUAUUCCAUCUACUAACCCUGUGAUGUUUAAUGAGUUCUUUGUUGUGAGGGAAUGAAACAUGAUCUAAUUAAUCUUGACAGCUGGGGGUAAAACUAAUUUUAUUUUCGAGGCAGUGUUUAAAAUUGAAACUGAGCAUAUCUGCAAUUUUUAUGAUCGCUUUUAAUUUUGAGAACAAAUUCCUCAAGGUAAACUAAACAAGUACAGAUAAAA